ACGCAAACUGGAAACUAGUCAUACUUAUUUUUGAAAAAGGUGAGGAGCAGAAACACACACACGUAUUUAUAUGUUUGUGUGGACCUUGAUUGACUUCCGUUCAUUUUAGUGACUACUAUGCCUAACCCAUACCCCAACCCUUACCAGUGCUGAUCUACUCUUAACCCUAACUAAAACUUUAUUCACAUGAUACCUCUAAAACCAUCUGGUAAGCUUAAAAAAGUGAGGACCACAAAAAUGUCCUCAUUUUGAAAAACGACCUCACGCUGUUGGUAAAACUUAUGGUUCUCUGUUGGUAGUGAGUACAAGAAUGAACACACACACAGAGACUUGGGGGGGGGUAACUAACUAGUGAGGGGGUGCCACUGGAUGGAAGUCUAGGAACCGACGAGAAAAUCAUAUUAAUCGUGUAUUGAAACAACUUAAUAUAUUUUAAUGGAAGCUUAUGGAAAAAUGAUAUUUGUAAAAAAAAAAACGAUUUUUCGCAGUAACGCCCCAGUCCACUGGGUGGCGUUAAAGCGACUGUGAAGACAAAGAAAAAAAAGAAUAAGGGAAAAAAAACGAAGACGAAGAACUGGAAGAAGUAAAAGAAGAAGAAUGGAGGCGGCAGUGUUUAUCCUGUCGCUGGUGGACUGCUGUGCACUGAUUUUCCUCUCAGUUUACUUUAUUAUCACCUUGUCUGAUCUAGAGUGUGACUACAUCAAUGCCAGAGCCUGCUGCUCCAAGCUGAACAAAUGGGUGAUUCCAGAGAUGGUGGGCCAGUGUCUCUCAGCAAUGCUGAUGCUGGUCUCUAUGCACUGGUUUAUAUUCCUGCUCAACCUGCCUGUAGCCGCCUGGAACAUUUAUAGGUAUGCGAAAGUUCCUCUGGGAAACAUGGGUGUGUUUGACCCGACUGAGAUCCACAACCGAGGUCUGCUCAAGUCCCACAUGAAGGAGGCCAUGAUUAAGCUGGGCUACCACCUGCUGUGCUUCUUCAUUUACUUGUACAGCAUGAUUCUGGCUCUGAUCAAUGACUGAAGCCCUCAGCAGCCUGACCUGACCUGAUCUGACCCCAGCUGACAUCACACCUGGCUCCAUACCUCUUGAACCCCUCAGAGCACAGCGCUGAAUUUCUCCCUGGUGUUUGUGUUGUUAUGGUCUGGAGUUUCACAGGAGCAUGGUUAAUAUUUAACCAGAUGUCACCUCUUUGGUUUUAAUUAAUUUGUCUGUCAGGCAGGAAGCUCACAAAGCAACAGCAGCUCCAAAUGGGUCCCAGAAGGACAACAGCUCCAUGUUCUCUCUCGUAUUAAAAUAAAUUAAAAUGAUAGGUUUAUCACCAAGCAGCGAUUGGCUUGUUUUAAUCUUAAGAUCCAUGUCCAGCCUGGAUGAUGUGGUUUUCAUGUUUUCAUCGCACCCGCACCUUUGAGCCUGCUGAUUUGGGGUGAGACUUUCAUUUUUGAAUUUCUUUAUUUUUUCUGAUCAGUAUGUUUGUCACCAGCAGAUCCAGACCCCUGAGGUUACAACCCUAACCUUGUUUCUGUGUAAAAGUCAUAAGUCAUAUUUUUAUCAGUUAGAUUACUUCCUGAACAGCCUGCAUUCAGACUGAUGGGCUAAUGGCUAGUCUGAGUCUCCUUAAUUACCCAGCGGUUCAGGUGACGUUAUUUUAUAAACCUUCACGCCAGCGCCAGUUUCAUGUCACUUAGUUAUUUUAUUACUUAGAACGUCCUCCUUGGCUGGAGCUACGUUUAGCUGCUGCUGAUGAAGCUUACAGUAAAACCCCAGAAUUCCAAACAGGUUUACCUUUUACACGGAAACACGCUACAGAACAGCUAAAGGUUCGUCUGUGUGUCCAGAAUGUUGUGAAAUCUGAGAUUGUGACACUAACCAUCCCGUCUGAGCUUUUAGAGAAGUAAAUUUGUCCAUUAGCUCUCACACAAACACGUCUAACUGCUCAGCCUUCUGGGGUGUGAGUGUGUGUGUUUUCAGGCAGCAGAAUCCUGAUCCACACCAGGUCUGAUCGUAAACAGUUUGUGUUACUUGUUAAGAAACAUAACUGGUUUUUAUCACAUUGCGUGCUCUUCUUGCAUGCCCUCCUAGCACUGAUGAGAUGUCAUGUAGAACAGAAGGCAUUAUGGGAGCUCAGCCUGGUUCUGUCUGGACAUCACCUGAGUUACUCCAUUUUUAUACAGUGUUGAAUUCUGUUCAGUUUUGUUGUUGGGGAAGGAUGCUUUUUGUUUUUCCAAAAUAAACAAUUGAUUUGGCUUA